AUGGCCAGCGCGGGCCCCCGGGGCGAGCACCCGUCCGUGACGCUCUUCCGUCAGUACCUGCGCAUCCGCACGGUGCAGCCCGAGCCCGACUACGGGGCUGCGGUGGCCUUCCUGGAGGAGCGAGCCCGCCAGCUGGGCCUGGGCUGCCAGAAGGUGGAGGUGGCCCCCGGCCGUGUGGUGACGGUGCUGACCUGGCCAGGCACCAACCCCAAGCUCUUCUCCCUCUUGCUCAACUCCCACACCGAUGUGGUACCUGUCGUCAAGGAGUACUGGAGUCACGACCCCUUUGAGGCCGUCAAGGACGCGGAAGGCUACAUCUACGCCCGGGGCGCCCAGGACAUGAAGUGUGUGAGCGUCCAGUACCUGGAGGCCGUGAGGAGGCUGAAGGCUGAGGGCCACCGCUUCCCCAGAACCAUCCACAUGACCUUUGUGCCAGAUGAGGAGAUUGGGGGUCACCAAGGCAUGGAGCUGUUUGUGCAGCGGCCUGAGUUCAAGGCCCUGAGGGCUGGCUUCGCCCUGGAUGAGGGCCUGGCCAACCCCACUGACGCCUUCACUGUCUUCUACAGCGAGCGGAGCCCCUGGUGGGUGCGGGUCACGAGCACCGGGCGGCCCGGCCACGGUUCGAGAUUCAUCGAGGACACAGCUGCGGAGAAGCUGCACAGGGUCGUGGGCGCCGUGCUGGCUUUCCGGGAGGAGGAGAAGCAGAGGCUGCAGGCCAACCCCCACCUGAAGCUGGGCGCCGUGACCUCUGUGAACCUGACCAAGCUGGAGGGCGGCAUGGCCUACAACGUGGUGCCCGCCACCAUGAGCGCCGGCUUUGACUUCCGCGUGGCCCCGGACGUGGACCUGCAGGCGUUCGAGGAGCGGCUGCGGGGCUGGUGCCAGGCAGCUGGCCCGGGGGUCACCUUCGAGUUUGUCCAGAAGUGGACGGAGCCCCGAAUAACUUCUACAGAUGACUCAGACCCCUGGUGGGCAGCGUUUAGUGGGGUCUGCAAGGACAUGAGCCUCACGCUGGAGCGGGAGAUUUUCCCCGCGGCCACCGACAGCCGCUACCUCCGCGCGGUGGGGGUCCCGGCCCUGGGCUUCUCCCCCAUGAACCGCACUCCCGUGCUGCUGCACGACCAUGAUGAGCGGCUGCAUGAGGCCGUGUUCCUCCGGGGGAUCGACAUAUACACACGGCUGCUGCCCGCGCUGGCCAGCGUGCCCGCCCUGCCCAGCGACGGCUGA